AGAUCAGUGAAGGCAACAGAACAAUAUUUCAGAGGUGCAUAACAGUAUUUUAGUCUCAACCAUGAAAUACUUCAUACCGAAACCUUUCAUUUCAAGUCUUACUUGUGAAAUUCAGAGGAACCAAGAACGACAAAACACUUGACGACUGAAUAACCUUAAUAUUUUUUUGAAAAAUCAGCUGUAGCUCUUAGUUUUAUUUUUACUAUCCCUUCUCUACAUGAAGCAAACCCAGUAAAACCAGUAACAUAUUCAGAGUCUGCUUUGGAGGAGGUGUGUCAGAUAUAUUUUUCACAGAGGGAGAGAGAGGAGCAGCGACUGAAAAACUCAUCACCAGGAGGCAACAAAGAUCGAAUGCAGUAACUGCAAAGUGUUCUAGACACCGAACACAUUUGAUAGCAACAUGCACCCUGAGCUUGGAAAACUCUAGACCACAUUUCUUUUGUCUUUAUCAAUUUAUCUUUAUCUCCGUCAAAGGAAACUGUGUCCAAGAUGAAUCAAACAGCCUGCGUCUCUCAUCAAAUACCAUGCCAAUCAUCUAAAGACAUGGACUUUGUGCAAUUAAGCCCUGAAUCGAGGAACUACAAAGGAAUAGCCAUCUCCCUGCUGGUCAUCGUGGCGGUUUGCUCCCUCAUCACAAUGUCUGUCUUUGUUCUCACACCAGUGGAACUUCCUGGUGCGGCUAACUCCAGACUUACUGUGCUGGACCUGUUCAAGCCAGAGUUCUCGGUGCACGAUCCUGAGGCCAGGUGGAUAAGUGAUUCAGAAGUUUUGUACAGGAACCGAGACGGCCACGUCAUCAAGUUCAACUUUGCUUUAAACGAAACAGAAAUGAUCCUGAGAAAUAGCACGUUUGUGUCUUUCAAAGUUGCCAAAUAUUCUCUCUCUCCAGACAUGAAAUAUGUGCUAUUUGCUUACGAAGUGAAACAGGUGUAUAGACAUUCCUAUACUGCAGCGUACAUUGUUUACAACAUCCACACAAGGGAGGUGUGGGAGUUGAAUCCUCCAGAGGUCCAGAAUGCAGUGCUCCAGCAUGCAGCGUGGGGUGUGAAGGGACAGCAGCUGAUCUACAUCUUUGAAAACAACAUCUAUUACCAAUCAGAUGUGCAGAGCAAUUCUCUUAGGAUUACUUCGUCGGGAGAGGAAGGAGUCGUAUUUAAUGGAAUCGCUGACUGGCUGUAUGAAGAGGAGAUUCUGCAGUCACACAUAGCACACUGGUGGUCACCUGACGGAGAGAGACUGGCCUUCCUCAUGAUCAACGAUACCCUGGUACCUACCAUGUUCCUGCCUCGGUUCACUGGCAGCCCCUACCCCAGGUCACAGGAGUACCCAUACCCCAAGGCUGGCCAGCCCAACCCUACAGUCAGGCUGUUGGUGGUGAACCUGUACGGUCCCACACACACUCAGGAGCUGGUACCACCUGAUGGCCUGAGAGGAAGAGAACACUAUGUGAGUAUGGUGAAGUGGAUCAGCAACACCCAUGCAGCGGUUCGAUGGCUCAACCGGCCCCAGAACGUGUCCUUCCUCACUGUGUGCGACGCCACCGUCGGAUCCUGUGUACAGAAACAUGAGGAGGCUUCAGAUCUCUGGCUCACCAGACAGAACCAGAAGCCAGUGUUUUCAAAAGACAGGAGCAGGUUUUUCCUGACCAUACCGGUGAAGCAGGGGGGACAAGGAGACUUCCAUCAUAUUGCCAUGUUCACCAAAUCGUUCAGAAGUGAUCAAAAUGAUGUCCGUCACUUGACGUCAGGCAACUGGGAGGUGACCAAGAUAUUAGCUUAUGAUGACGGGGAGCAAACCAUAUAUUUUAUCAGUACUCAAGACUCCCCACAAAAGAGACACGUGUACAGUGCAUCUACUAUUGGUCUGUUCUCUCAACGAUGCUUGACCUGUGAGGUGAACCAGGAAGCAUGCGCGUUCUUUGAUGCAGACAUCAGCCCGAACAAACAGCAUGUUAUUCUACAGUGUAAAGGUCCAGGUGCUCCAUCUGUGAUGCUGCAGAGUUUUAAUGAUGGAAACACUUACUUUAUAUUGGACAACAACAUGCCUCUGAGAGCUGCCUUGGAAAUGAAAAAGAUCUCUAAGUCAGAUGUCAGGGUUAUUCCAAGUGAAGACUUUGAGCUGCCUUUGAAACUCACCUAUCCCCUUGACUUUUCUGAAUCUCUUCUCUAUGGCCUUCUUUUGAUUGUUGAUGGUGGGCCUGGCAGUCAGUCGGUGAGUGAUGAGUAUGAGCUGGGUUGGGACUCGGUGCUGGUAAGUUGUGAUGAGGUGAUCGUGGCCAGGCUGGACGGCAGGGGGACAGGCUUCCGGGGCCUGAGAGUCCUGCAGCAAGUUCACCAGCGCCUGGGUACCGUGGAUGUUCAGGACCAGAUAGCUGCACUGGAAUACUUGAUGACACUCCCAUACAUUGACCGCGCGCGGAUCGGAAUCUACGGAAAGGGAUACGGUGCUUACCUCACCUUGAUGCUUCUGAGGUCCACUGCGCUGAUUAAGUGUGCAGCUGCUAAUUCCCCAGUGGUUGACUGGAAACUUUACGCUUCAGCAUUUUCAGAGCGAUACUUUGGCCUGACGUCAAAGAACGACAACAGAUAUCAAGUUUCUAGAGUACUUCCAAAUAUGAAAGGGUUGCAAGGAAACAUGAUGAAAGGACCGCAAGGACCGGAUUUUCUGUUGAUUCAUGGAACCGCUGAUGCAAAUGUUCAUUUCCAACAUUCAGCAGAGUUGAUUAAGCACUUGAUCAAAAUUGGAGCGAACUACACAAUGCAGCUCUAUCCAGACGAGGGCCACUUCCUGUCCCUGCAGAGCCAGAAGCACCUGUCUGAGUCCCUGGUUGGCUACUUCAGAACAUGUUUUCAGGACUUCAGCACACCGCUACCUGAGGAGAUAGGCAAAGAGGAUGAUGACUGACAGGGUUGGGGUUAGACGAUGACUGACAGGUUUAGGGAUAGAUGAUGACUGACAGGGCUAGGUUUAGAUGGUGACUGACAGGAGGACGUGCAGGCGGGCCGUGUGUGGAUCUGGGAUCGCUAUGUUGAAGCAGUACAAUGACUGCUCUGCCCUCGCGAGAGAUGUUUGCUGUUGAUUAGGUGUCCAAUGUAGGCAAGACAUAUAGUUGAAGUUGGAAGUUGACAUACACUUAUGUUGGAGUCAUUAAAACUCGUUUUUCAACCACUACACACAUUUCUUGUUAAUUAACAAACUAAAGUUUUGGCAAGUCGGUUAAGACAUCUACUUUGUGUAUGACACAAGUAAUUUUUCCAACAAUUGUUUACAGACAGAUCAUUUCACUUAUAAUUCCCUGUAUCACAAAUCUAGUGGGUCAGAAGUUUACAUACACUAAGUUGACUGUGCCUUUAAUAAACAGCUUGUAAAAUUCCAGAAAAUGAUGUCAUGCGUUGGAAGCUUCUGAUAGGCUAAUUGACAUCAUAUGAGUCAGUUGGAGGUGUACCUGUGAAUGUAUUUCAAGGCCUACCUUCAAACCCAGUGCCUCUUUGCUUGACAUCAUAGGAAAAUCUAAAGACAUCAACCAAGACCGCAGAAGAUUGUAGACCUCCACAAGUCUAGUUCAUCCUUGGGAGCAAUUUCCAAACGCCUGAAGGUACCACGUUUAUCUGUACAAACAAUAGUAGGCAAGUAUAAACACCAUGGGACCACGCAGUCGUCAUACCGCUCAGGAAGGAGACACGUUCUGUCUCCGAGAGAUGAACGUACAUUGGUGCGAAAAGUGCAAAUCAAUCCCAGAACAACAGCAAAGGACCUUGUGAAGAUGCUGGAGGAAACAGGUACAAAAGUAUCUAUAUCCACAGUAAAAUGAGUCAUAUAUCGACAUAACCUGAAAGGACGCUCAGCAAGGAAGAAGCCACUGCUCCAAAACCACCAUAAAUUAGCCAGACUAUGGUUUGCAACUGCACAUGGGGACAAAGAUCGUACUUUUUGGAGAAAUGUCCUCUGGUCAGAUUAAACAAAAAUAGAACUGUUUGGCCAUAAUGAACAUCGUUAUGUUUGAGGAAAAAGGGGGAUGCUUGCAAGCCGAAGAACACCAUCCCAACCGUGAAGCACGGUUGGGAUGGGGGUGCUUUGCUGCAGGAGGGACUGGUGCACUUCGCAAAAUAGAUGGCAUCAUGAGGCAAGAAAAUGAUGUGGAUAUAUUGACCCAACAUCUCAAGACAUCAGUCAAGAAGUUAAUGCUUGGUCGUAAAUGGGUCUUCAAAAUGGACAAUGACCCCAAUCAUACUUCCAAAGUUGUGGCAAAAUGGCUUAAGGACAACAAAGUCAAGGUAUUGGAGUGGCCAUCACAAAGUCCUGACCUCAAUCCUAUUGAUAAUUUGUGGGCAGAACUGAAAAAGUGUGUGCGAGUAAGGAGGCCUACAAACCUGACUCCGUUACACCAGCACUAUCAGGAGGAAUGGGCCAAAAUUCACCCAACUUAUUGUGGGAAGCUUGUGGAAGGCUACCCAAAAUGUUUGACCCAAGUUAAACCAUUUAAAGACAAUGCUACCAAAUACUAAUUGAGUGCAUGUACACUUCUGACCCACUGGGAAUGUGAUGAAAGAAAUAAAAGCUGAAAUAAAUCAUUCUCUCUACUAUUAUUCUGACAUUUCACAUUUUUAAAAUAAAGUGGUGAUCCUAACUGACCUAAAACAGGGAUUUUUUACUAGGAUUAAAUAUAUAUGCCAUUUAGCUGACGCUUUUAUCCAAAGCGACUUACAGUCAUGUGUGCAUACAUUCUACGUGUGGGUGGUCCCGGGAAUCGAACCCACUACCCUGGCGUUACAAGCGCCAUGCUCUACCAACUGAGCUAAAUGUCAGGAAUUGUGAAAAACUGAGUUUAAAUGUAUUUGGCUGAGGUGUAUGUAAACUUCCGACUUCAACUGUAGCUGAUGUGGGGUAAUGUGAUGUGUGUGUGUGUGUUUGGUUUGUGUGUGUGUGUGCGUGCGUGCGUGCUUGCAACAUACAGGACUACAGAUCAUGGAGGCUUUCUAUUUGUAGAAUAACGCAGUGGUUGGACAAAAUCUGAGGGUUAAAAGUCAUUUUUGUUUUACAUUAUUUUAAAUUCCACUCAGUGAUACACUGGUUUCUCCCUCCACAGCUUUUACCAUCAGCUGUAUCGUCAUACUGUGAAAAGCAUACUUUUGUUGAAGCCCACGUUUAUCCACAUUAUUCCAAUUGUAAUAAGCAUGAACACAACUCUACCGCUUUCCGUCUGUCUUAUCCCAUUCUUGUAUGUGCUCUAAUAAUGUGUACAUUUUACUUUCAGUUACUGACAUGCACAUAUAUAUAUAUAUACACAUAUUAGGUGAUGUUACGUAGGACAUAACACCCUGGAUUAUUUGAUAAAGUGCUAUUUUUCAUGUCUUAUGAUAUGCUGUUUUCAGCUGUACGUUUACAGUAUACAGUGUGUAUAUUUUUGAGAUAUGUGUCGCAGGGGUUGAUCUUUAAGAAUAUUGUACGAGUUGACGGUCUUUGUUUUUACUGGGGUUUGUUACACUUCAGAUGAAUAGCCAUUGUCUUUGGAUUGAUUGAACAAUAAAGAAGUUUAGA